AUGACUGGCACAUCAAGGGCGAGCCGACAGAGGGCUAUGGGCUACUCGUAUAGAGGUCCAAAAGCUGCUCUGAUUGCGUCCACACCACCACUAAAUAGUUGCCCGAGAAAGGAAAAAAGCAACUUUGCAUCCGUUGCGGGAGCCUCUUGGUUGGGAAUGGACCCCGAUCCUGCUCUGACACACUUGUAUUCGUGCAGUAGAUGGGCGGACGCCGAUCCAGCUGAGGUGAUCGCCGAGUAUAUCCGAAUAGGGGAAGAGACUUGCCGAGAGCUCAGGUUGUUAACACAUAUUGAAGAUCUCGCCUACGAGGAUGACGGGUACAGGGGAAAGGACAGCAGAAGCAUGGUGGAUAUAUGGGGUGAAGUGAAGGACCAUCUGGUAAUUUUCAUUCAUGGCGGUUUCUGGCAGGUCGGAGUUGGGUUGCAGAAGUUUUUAAUCUCGCAGCUAAUUCUCUUCUACGUGCAGAUUCCCAACGUAACCUUACUUUUUGCCGGGUUUUCCGAUGGAGAUGUUGCUGAUUUUGCCAUCUUGGUAGCCGUAAAUCUCGUCAAAAGCGGUGUUGCAAUGGCGGCAGUCGGCUACGAACUCGCAAGCAGUACCUGGCCGUUGUCCGCUGUUGUACGGCAAGUUGGGAGGGCUGUGGAAGUGGGAUUUUACUUCACUAUCCGACUGCUUCUCAUUCCUCGAAUUCAGUUCCUUCUCGCGAAGUAUCCGACCGUCACGUACAUAACAUUAGCUGGCCACUCAGCAGGCGCUCAACUGGCUUUCAAAGCCUACACCCAUCUGCGGUCUCCACGUAUACAAAAGCUCGCUCUCUUAGCCGGUAUUUUCGACUUGCAAGAGUUGCCUUCAUGUGAGAUCGGUACAAUUAUUGGUUUAACCCGUGAAGAAGCGGAGCUGAACUCGUGUAGCGCGUUCGAGUUAGUCAAUACGGAAGUUAAGGUGUUGUUGCUUAUAGAUAUGAAAGAUUCUCCAAAGCUCAUUGAACAGAAUACAUGCAUGGUCAACGCAAUGAAGGAUGCCGGUGUUUCGGUCCAAUACCAUGUACUUUCUACUUUAGAUAUUUAA